UGAGAACAUGGUUUAAAAGCCAAGCAGCAGUCAUUUCUCCCAAACAUCGAAACACAGCAAGAUCUCGUCUUUUGUUCAGAAUCCCUCCAUCUAACCAGAAUUUACAAAGAACGUUUUGAAUACUUGUCAAAAAAUGAAGACUGUUGUUGUUUUGACGCUCCUCAUUGCCACAAUUUACUGCCUACCCGUGAAGCGCUCAGCUAGCAGUUCUGAGAGCUCAGAAGAACAUGCAGUUGUUCAAAGGCCUGCUCCAAUGCUACAAAAACCUACUGCUAAACUGGUUCAGCCACAACUUGCACAGACCAUGCCAUCAGAAUCCAAUGAAAGCACAGACAGUGCAGAUGACACUGAGGAUGCAGAUGAUGAAGCAGACGCAGAUGAGAUUAAAGUAGACAAUGAAACCAAUUCCACUGAGAGUGAAUCUGAUGAAUCUGAUGAAACUGAUGCCACGUUCGUCCCACCCACCGAGGAUCCCACCCUAAACCCUAUCAUCAACACAGGUCGGGGAGACAGUUUAGGAUACCCUGACGACUACAAAAAAGCUAUAUUCCAUGUAGAUGGAAAGGACUAUGAAAAAAUUCCUUCUCAAUACAAAUCUUACAGCAAUGAAAAGUUGGACGGUUUAAUGAUAGUCAGCAAGAAGUUGUCUGCCAACGAUGGUCUAAACAUCAAUGAUGUGGAGAAAGAAAUUAAACAUUACAAGGCUCUAAAGGUUCAAAAUGAUCUUCUGGAGGAGGAGGACACCAGCACUCCAGAGAUGGAUGCUGGUCUGGGAGAAAGUGAGAUCGCCCUCGUGGGGAGCCAAGACAACAAGGGAACCAGUGCCGGUCACUCUUCUAGCGCUAGUACCAGCCAGGAGGAAACUAACAGGAGCCCAAGCAAUGAGGAGACCACAGCAGCUCCUGGAGUCACAGACAGAGAGGAUGACUCUUCACAGAGUACAGAGAGUCAGGAGAGCGACGAGGACACCACUCAGACCCCAGAGCCAUCUAUUGUCAUUGCAAUAUAAAAUCAUCCAAGCACACAGACUACAGAGGCUGUCAACUAUAAAGAAUGCAUUAUAACCAAAUUGUAUUGUGCUUGAUGUCACACUCUGCCUAAUGUUAGUGUGAGUGGCAAAGCAUGAUGGUUCAGUUACAGCAAGUGCUUGAGCUGUUUUGCAAAACUUGUUAAGAAACAGUUUCAUCUUCCUGUAUAUUGCACAAUUAUUGUACAAUGUUCAUGUAAAUGUAAUUUGGUACUGCUCUGUGUUAUGACUUUUGUCAUUUAUGAAUAAAUGUCCUAUAUCAGUAA